AAAAAGAUUUUUAAAAAAAAAAAAACACCGACGGCCGUAAUUAACGACAUUUGACUCGUCUCGACGUGGUCAGCCACGUGUCAAGGUGUGAUUGGCGUAUUCAGAGUUGAAGGACACCGUAAAACGUGUCGUCGCCAGAACCCGGAUCCGCGACGCCGUGCGAAAGGACCAAAUUCAGCUCAGCCGUCUUUCUCCAUAGAAAUCGAAAACCCUAAACCGUUGUUCAACCUCUAAGCCAAAUCAGUUUAAGUUUGUUCUCCAAGACCACAAUCAAAUUUUGAAUACCUUUUCAUUUGAUGGUGGUUAGGGAAGGUUCCUUGCUGAAAUCUCAGAAAUGAGAGGGUUGCUCCUCUAUCGGUUAUUCAUCCUCAUCUUAUGCUUGGCUCUCGCAUUCGGAACUUCAUUGGAUUCUGAAGGAUCUGAUUCGGAAGCAGAGCUCAGCAGCAGCUCAGAAGUCACCAAUUUCCCGUUAUCCCUCACACAUAAACAUGAAACAGCAUUAGUGGUGGCUCCAGAUGGCAUGAUGCAUCUAGUGAGUUCAGGAAAAAUCCUGUGGUCAUUUACAUCAGGCUCAUCUAUAUAUGAAUCAUUUCAUGAUCUGCCUGAUAACCGUGGCGGUGACCAUAAUUUGUCUACUGAGGGACAAAACUUCUACAUAGAUUUUGGAGAAAAUGAUUGGAAACUGUACCUGUACCUACAUGGGGAUAACUUAACAAAAGUGGAGCUCCGACAGAGUGUUGAUGAAAUUCUGAGGCACACUCCACAUAUCUUUGAUAGUGGAGUCAUGGUAGGAUCAAAAAAGACCACUGUAUUUCUUGUCGAUUCUAAAACUGGAAGAAGGAUUCAUACAUCCAAGUCAGAUAUGUUCGGGGAUAAUGAGGUUGCUGAAAAUCCACUUAUGGAAAGGAAUGAUUACUUGGAUUUAGUUGGCAAUCUACUGUACAUAAAGAGAACUGACUAUGUUUUUAAGUACGAAUGUACAAAGACAAGGAAAGUUGUAUGGUAUCUACAGUUUGCUGUUUUUGAAGCUUCAUUGAAAUGUGAAAGCGUUGACAAUUUUCUUGGUGGACUUUCUGAUAAAGUAAAUUAUGUUGGUCCAAGGCAUGAAGGUUGUUCAACAAUGGUACCUGUCUAUAGAUUUCGAAGUCCCAAUGCAUCAACAUCACAACAGGCUCUUCUUGUAGACAUAUCUCUUCCUUUACCUGCUGCAGAUCAUAAUCUUGUAAUGCCCAUUGAACAAUUUUUCAAAUUCCAUCAGAACAAUAAAGUUGCGUCACAAAAGGCUCUACUUGGAGAGAGAUUUCUUUCUUUACCUGCUGCAGAUCAUAAUCCUGUAAUGCCCAAUGAAGGCAAAGCUGUGCAUGCUUUGCCUGCUCCUUUGCCUGAUGAAUUUGCAAUCAUGAGUCUGCCUACGGGAGAUAAUCAAGUGGUCAUAGAAUCAAGUUUUUUAUCAGGGUCUUAUUUCUGGUCUUUUGUUCUCUUUGGCACUUUGGUGCUACUCAUUGUGGCUUUCCUUUUCUAUAUGGCUUCUUCAGUAAAGGACAAAUGGUUUAAGUUGCGAAAUCAGGCUGUGGAUAAAAAAUUAGAAGUUAUGACACCAAAAAAGAAGAAACUUCGGAAGUCUGGAAUUAACAAGAAAAGUCCAAAUAUUGAGAAAGGUAAGGAAAAGGUUUUCACUGAUGAGUCUUCUUUCGCUCAUGGACUUCCAGACAGUGGAAACACUGAAAACCAGAUGCAGAUUAAGUUGCUUGAUAGGUAUGGUAAUCUGGUGGAUGGACGCAAGAUAGGUAAAUUGUUUGUCUCUAACAAGGAAAUUGCCAAGGGAAGCAAUGGCACUGUCGUACUUGAGGGUAUAUAUGAUGGCCGUCCUGUUGCUGUUAAACGCCUUGUGCAAACCCAUCAUGAUAUAGCACUGAAGGAGAUACAGAAUCUUAUUGCCUCUGAUCACCACCCAAACAUUGUGCGAUGGUAUGGAGUGGAGCACGAUCAAGAUUUUGUCUACCUUUCUCUUGAGCGCUGCACUUGUAGCUUAUAUGAUUUGGUUUCACAGUACUCUAACUCUUUUGAGAUGAAGAUUUAUGGAAAUGACCAAGAUUCCAUCUCUAGAAGUGAUUUCAAUCGACAAGGACAAAGGGCAUCUGACAAUAAUCGCAAUGUCAAGGAUUUUGAGUUGUGGAAGGCCAAUGGUUAUCCUUCGCCAAAGUUGCUAAAACUGUUGAGCGAUAUUGUUCAUGGCCUUGCCCAUUUGCAUGAACUCGGUAUUAUUCAUAGGGACUUGAAACCUCAAAAUGUUCUAAUUGUCAAAGAAAAACCAAUGCGUGCAAAGAUUUCAGAUAUGGGUAUCAGUAAAAGCCUUGCUGGAGACGUGUCUUCUUUAAGCAGAAGUGUUACCGGUUAUGGGAGUUCGGGGUGGCAAGCACCAGAACAACUUCGUCAUGAACGUCAAACACGUGCAGUAGACUUGUUUAGUUUAGGUUGUGUCCUGUUCUUUUGCAUCACUGGUGGAAAACAUCCAUAUGGUGAUAGUUUUGAACGUGAUGUAAAUAUAGUUAAUGAUCGGAAAGACCUCUUCUUGAUAGAGAAUAUUCCCGAAGCUACUGAUCUGAUAUCUCGACUCCUACAUCCAAAUCCAGUGUCUAGGCCAGCUGCUAUGGAGAUUAUAAAUCACCCUUUGUUUUGGAAGCCCGAAACAAGGUUGGCUUUUCUUCGAGAUGCUAGCGAUAGGGUAGAACUAGAGGAUAGAGAGGCCGACUCUGAUAUCCUGAAAGCAUUAGAAAGUAUAAAAACCGAGGCUUUGGGUGGUCAAUGGGACGCAAAAAUGGACAGCGCCUUCAUCAACGACAUUGGUCGCUAUAGGCGAUACAAGUUUGACAGCGUUAGAGACCUGUUGCGGGUUAUUAGAAACAAGCUAAACCACUACAGAGAACUGUCAAAGGAGAUCCAGGAACUCCUGGGACAGGUUCCUGAAGGAUUUGACAGUUAUUUCUCAAGUCGGUUUCCCAGACUUGUAAUGGAAGUUUACAACGUCAUUCGGAUAUACUGUGGAGAAGAAGAAACCUUUAGAAUCUAUUUCAAAAACAAUCACAUCUAACAUUUUAUUUGUGGUGUAUAAUUGUAUAUAUAUGUUGUAAAUUGUUCAUAUUAUUGUAAGUUACACACGAGCUCUGUGCUCAUUGUAAUAUUGAUGUUUGAUAUGACACAGGAACUAACUAGCUUUGCUGGUAAAACAAUCAGGUUAAUUGUAGAUUAUGUUUAGAAGUCGGUCAAAGUACGGAUCGGGUCAUGUACUUAUAGUGUUUUGUUCAAUUUAGUCUAUGUAUUUUUAUUUUGUUCAGAAGUCCCUAUACUUUAAAAAGUUGUGCAAUUAAGGAGAA